AUGUUGGUGUCGGUGUUGAUGGUGGUGUUGUUUUUGGUGGUGUUGGUGUUGGAGGGUGGCGGUGUUGGUGGAAUUGGAAAUGCUGGUGGCGAUGUUGAUGAUGGUGGUGGUGGUGGUAAUGUUGUUGGUGGUGUGGGUAUCAGAGUAGGGGGUGGCUUUAUGGUUGGAGGUGUUGGUGCUGGAACUGGUGGUGGCUUUAUUGUUGGCGGCAUUGGAAUUGGUAUUAGUGGUGGUGCUGGUGGUGUUGAUGGUGGUGUUGGUGAUAGAAUUGGUGGUGGUGUUUUUAUUGGUGGAGUUAGUGUUGGUGGAGUUGAUGGUGAUGGUGAUAUUGGUGGUGUUGGGGUAGAUGGUGGUGGUGGUAGUAAUGUUGGUGUUGGUGGUGCUGGAAAUGUUGGUGAUGUUGGUGUUGGCGGAGUUGGUGGCGGUUUUAUUAUUGGCGUGAUUGGCGCUGGAGUUGGUGGCGGCAUUGGAAAUGUUGGUGUCGACGUUGAAGGUGGUGGAGGUGUUGUUAGGGGCGUUGGUAUCGGAGCGGGGGGUGGUUUUCUGGUGGGAGGUGUUGCUGCUGGAACUUGUGGUGGGUUUAUUGUUGGCGACAUUGGUGUUGGUGUUGGGGUAGGAGUUGGGGGUAGGGUUGGUGUUGGAGUAAGUGGUGGUGUUUUUAUUGAGGGAGUUGGAGUUAGUGUUGGCGGAGUUGAUGGUGGUGGCGGUGGUGUUGUACUUAUUGGCGGUAUGGGUGUAAGAGUUGGUGGUGGUUUUAUUUUUGGCGGUGUUGGCAUAGACGGUUUUGGCAAUGUUGGUGUCGGUGCUGAUGGUGGUGCUGGUGUUGGAGUUGGUGGCGGUGUUGGUGGAAUUGGAAAUGCUGGUGGCGAUGUUGAUGAUGGUGGUGGUGGUGGUAAUGUUAUAGAUGGUGUUGGUAUCAGAGUAGGGGGUGGUUUUAUGGUGGGAGGUGUUGCUGAUGGAACUGGUGGUGGAUUUGUUGUUGGCGGCAUUGGUGUUGGUGUUGAUGUUGGUGGUGGUGGUGUUGGCAGAGUUGGUGGCGGUUUUAUUAUUGGCGUGAUUGGCGUCGGAGUUAGUGGCGGUUUCGACGUUGAUGGUGGUGGAGGUGUUGUUGGUGUCAUUAGUAUCAGAGCAGGGGGUGGUUUUCUGAUUGGAGGUAUUGGUGCUGGAGCUGGUGGUGGCUUUAUUGUUGGCGGUAUUGGUGCUGGUGUUGAAGUUAGGGGUGGGGUUGGUGUUGGAGCUGGUGGUGGUGUUUUUAUUGGUGGAGUUGAAGUGCUUUUAUUAUUUGAAGAAGUAGAGUUAUGA